UUUUUUGUUGUUGUUGUUGUGUUUUUUUUGUACAGGCACACAGUGCACAAAUCCAUGCUUCAGCUGUUCAGCAACACAUGUCCAAGCGGCCACCGUACUCCUACAUGGCUAUGAUCCAGUUUGCUAUCAACAGCAGGCCGAAUAGGAGGAUGACACUCAGAGAAAUUUACAUGUGGAUUGAGGAGCACUUCCCUUACUUCAGAGAGGUGGCCAAACCAGGAUGGAAGAAUUCCAUCCGCCAUAACCUUUCUCUGCAUGACAUGUUCAUUCGGGAGACAUCACCAGAUGGUAAAGUUUCUUUCUGGACCAUCCGGCCUGAGGCUAAUAGAUGCCUCACUCUUGAUCAGGUGUACAAGCCUGGUUGCGACCCCAUGACUACUCCUGUUCCAGUGCCAAAGCUUUUAUGCCCCCAUGAACCUCAAAGGAGGAUGCUUCCUGAUGCAAGAAAAACACCAACUUGCUCUGAGAGAAAGAUGAAACCUCUUCUCCCUCGAACCGAUUCCUACUUGGUCCCUUUUCAGCUCCCUGUCACCUCCUCUGUCUGCCUGCCGUCCUCAUCGGCCCUGUUUACUCCGUCUUGCUCACAGCAGAAGCACAACACUUCACGAGGAGUCAAGAGAGUCCGGAUAGCUCCUAAGGUGACACAGAGCAAUACCCCAGCUGUGGUAUUAUAUCCUCAGAAGAGCAAUGACCAUAAGGUGGAGGUGAAGGAGGAGUCAUUAUGUGUUCCAAUUAAAUGUGAGACUCCUAAAGCCCUUCCAAAGAGACAAGCCAGCAGCUCUCGACGCAAACAACAGCUGGUUCACUCUCUACAUGAGGAACCUGUUCUCCUCUGUCCUGACAAUACUUACUUUGACUCUGGCAUAGCCUCCCACAUGUCAUCUUUCCAUGACCUGCAAGAUACAGAGCCAGAUGGGCACCAGCACAAGCAGCACAGCCCCAACCAGGAUUUCUCCUUCAAGACCCCCAUAAAAAGUAGCAGCCACCUGACCUCCUCCACACCCAGCAAACCCCCAUCUCAUGUUUUACGUGAGCCCUGGAAGGUGACCCCUGUGAGCAAAGGCAGCCAAAAUGUUUUGGACUUCAGCCCAAUUCGCACACCAGGUGGUCCCGCAAUCACGCUGCAGUAUGACUACACCACCUUCAGCAGUACUUCCUUCAAUGACUGGCCUCUCUUUAGUUCCCCCAGAGAGCUUCUCACAUUUGCUCCCUCCAGAGUGGCCAGACCAGUGGGGUCUCCCAUUGAAUGUGUCCGAAGCAGCUGCUCCAGAGAGCUACUUCAGGCGGGAGGUGCUACACCCACUAACCGCUCAAUCACAGAGGGCCUGGUCCUGGAUACCAUGAACGACAGCCUGAGCAAGAUACUCCUGGACAUUAGCUUCCCUGGCCUGGAUGAUGAGGACCUAGGUAUGGCUAACAUCAGCUGGUCUGAGUUGGUCCCUCAGUUUCAGUAGCCUGAGGGCCAAAACACAUUUACAGGGUGGUGUCAUAUGUUUUUAAAACACUAUAGGUGGGAAAGCCCACACAGUGGCAGCAAAGCAGAUGCAAAUGCAGGAAAAAUGAUCAGUCUCUGAAGGGAAAAAAAGUGUGGAAACUGUCUGAUUUAGAGGAAGUCUAAAAUUAUAAUAACUGGCCUAAAAGCAACAUUAUGUUGUUUCAAAAAGAGACCUUUCCAUACAAAUGGAGAUAUGUUAUUUAGUUAGAUAAGCCAGCACCAGCUGGUUCAGUCAGCCUACUGGACUUGUAGACUUGUAGCUUGCAAUGCAGGAUUGUUAGCAAUAAACAAUGGCAAAGUAAUACAAAUAGCACUAACAGCAAUAGGGUUGUCUCUGUAUGUUAAUACAGUGUCUACAAUACAGGGGAUAAUUUGUUUUUGUUAGAUAGGGGUUAGGUCAAACCCAUAAUGUAUCAGUGGAUACUAUGACUGUGUAAAUUCCAUUUAAUUUCAUCACAUCAGUAGUAUUCAUAUUGCUAUUUUUUUUCUGCA